AUGGGGAUGGCUGUCAUGGGGCACAUGUUGGCCGGACAGGGAGAGCAUCAUCCUCUACCCAACACAGUCAUCCAGGAGGGGGCAUCGCAGGAGAGAGGGCAGGGGAAGGAACCAGUACAGCAGGGGGCUGCUCCCAAUACCACAGGGGCAGUGCCCUCUCAUGCUACUGGAUCUACUUUGACAACAGUUCCUGCAGCAGCAACGACGCAGGUGACUCCAGAGGCGCAGAAGGCAGCAGUCCCACCAAUUGCAAACCAAGCUGUGGCUAACGAAGUACCUAACUCAUCUCAUCAUGGAGGGCAAAAGAAUAAGGGUAAACCAUUUUGUUAUCGUUGCCAUACUAAAGAAGGCUUGGGUUUCUAUUUCAUUCCAGUUGCCGAGAAUCCUAAGGUAAAUUUAGAGGAAAAAUCAGCAGUGGUACGUGUUUUAGAAGGUUCUCUUACUGCUCACCAGUUGGCAGUGGAACUGGAAAAACUACUACCAGGUAAAAACAAGUGGGUGAUUGAGGAGAAAGGCAAAGAUGCCUUCAUCACUAAUUUCCCAUCUUCUGAUCUACUGGAUACUAUGGUGAACUGGGGUACCAUGGACACAAAAUCAGUGAAAGGGAAAAUUCGCUUUGAAAAGGGAGUUGAAAAUGAUGUCUACAAAUAUGAGAUUGAUAAGGUUUGGGUGCAGUUCCGAGGGCUACCUAAGGAGUUUAGAGAAUUUCCCAUUAUUUGGGCAAUUGGCUCAAUCUUAGGUGUUCCAAGAGCUGUGGAUACUAAAUUUACAAAGAAAUUUGGUAGAUCAAGAAUGAAGCUAGCCGUGCUUGAUCCUAAUCUCAUCCCUGACCUUGUGGAUGUGGUUAUUGGGGAUUUCGUUUACGAGCUGCAAUUCAGGGUUGAGCAACAUAUGACUAAUGGUGAGCCCGAGGUUAUCGACAUGGACUCUACCAUGGAUGAUGAAAAUCCUAAGGAGGAUAAAAAGAAUAGGGGAAAACCCAAUGAGGACAUGGAUGUGGAUGGCAAAAAAGAUGACAUCCAGGAUCCUAAUAGUGCACCUGGAAAUCAGCUACCUAAUUCCGGUCAGCACAGUGGGGCUGUCCAGCAAAAGGAAGAUGGUGCUGGCUCUGUGGUUCAGCAAAACAAAUCAGGAAAAGCAAGUAACAAAUCAGUGAUAGUGCUCACUCAGAACGAGUUGUUCUCAAAUGGCAAUGGACAGUGA